AUGGCGCCUUCAGCAGACGCUGCGGAGCCGUCCGCCGCUCAGAUCAAGAGCGAGAACAAGCAGUCGACAAAGGUGCUCGAGGAGCUCAUGAAGAAGUUGUCGGUGAGCAAGCCUGGCGACGAUGCGAAGGGCACUUCGCAAGAGAUCGCCAUCUUCAUCAACGGCGACAUCGAGGAACAUGAGGCACCCACCAAGGCUGUGGAAACCCUCAAGAAAAUGCUUGGCAACAAGAAAGAUACCAACGCUCGACAAAAUGGCUGCGAGGCUAUUGCCGCUAUUGCGAAGCACGCCGACGUUUCGCCCAUCGUACAACCAUACCUCGUUCAGCUGCUGCCGACCGUGUUGGCUGCGGUCGGUGACAAGAUGGCCAACGUCAAGGUCUCUGCCCAGGACGCCGCCAUCUCCAUCGUCAAGGCUGUCAACGCCAACUCCGUCAAGUGCCUGGUGCCCCACUUCAUCAAGUCGAUCCGUGAGGCACAGAAGUGGCCUGAAAAGAUGACCGACCUUGAGUGCAUUGAGGCUCUCUGCGAGACUUCUUCAGCCCAGACCGCCUACCGAGUGCCCGACCUCAUUCCCAUCGUCUCCGAGGCCAUGUGGGAUACCAAGCCCGAGGUCAAGAAGCGAGCCUACUCCACCAUGGAGAAGGUCUGCCAGCUCAUUUCCAACAGGGAUAUCGAGCGCUUCAUUCCUGAGCUCAUCAAGUGUAUCGCCAAGCCGGAGAACGUGCCGGAGACCAUUCAUCUUCUCGGUGCCACCACCUUCGUCACUGAUGUGCACGAGCCAACCCUCGCCAUCAUGGUCCCUCUUCUCGAGCGCGGUCUCAAGGAGCGUGAGACUGCUAUCAAGCGUAAGGCCGCUGUCAUUGUCGACAACAUGUGCAAGCUUGUCGAGGACCCCAACAUUGUGGCUUCUUUCUUGCCCAAGCUCAUGCCUCAGCUGAACGAGAACCACGACAACUUGGCCGACCCCGAGGCUCGUGAGAAGACCAAGCAGGCACUCGACACCCUUGUUCGUGUCGGUAACGUGCAAAACGGCAAGAUCCCAGAAGUCGCUCAAGAUGGCGAUAUUGCCACUGUCAAAGGCAAGCUUGUGGAGAUCUUGAACAACAAGCACAAGGAGGCGGUGAGCAAGUUUGACCCAGUACUUGAGCUCAUCGCUGGUAUUGGUGGUCAACUUGUUGACGAGAAGGAGUUUGAGCCAAUCUCGUGGACAACCAACGUGCAGCCGUUCGUCAUCGCUAUGGUUGGCGAGGCUGACGCACCUGGCAUUGUGGACACCCUCCGCAAGCGUGCUACUCCUGGUGAGGGCGAGGCUGAGGCUCUUGAGGCCGACGACGAGGAGGGCGUGGACCUCUGCAAUUGCACCUUCAACUUGGCCUAUGGUGCGAAGAUUCUUCUCAAUCAGACCAGUUUGCGCCUCAAGCGUGGUCAGCGUUACGGUCUUCUCGGUGCCAACGGUACCGGUAAGACCACACUCAUGCGUGCCAUCAACAACGAGCAGGUCGAGGGUUUUCCCAAGCAGUCCGAGGUCAAGACCGCUUUCGUGGAGCACGAUUUGGACUCUGCUGAUACUGAGAUGAACGUCAUCGGCUGGACACUCAUGAAGCUCAAGCAGGCUAAUGUGCCAGACUCCGAGGAGGAGGUCCGUCAGACGCUUAGGGACUUCAACUUCGUGGACGAGCAGCUCAACGGCCCGAUCACUGCCCUCUCUGGUGGCUGGAGGAUGAAGCUCGCCCUCGCGCGUGCAGUGUUCCAGAAGCCUGACAUCCUCCUCCUCGACGAGCCGACCAACCACUUGGACGUGAAGAACGUGAAGUGGCUCGAGGACUACCUUACCACCUCUCCUUGCACAUCCAUCAUCAUCUCCCACGACAGCACAUUCUUGGACCACGUCAUCCAGCACGUCCUUCACAUCGAGCGGUUCAAGCUCAGGCGGUACCGUGGCACCCUCAGCGACUUUGUUAAGCGUGUGCCAUCUGCCAAGUCCUACUACGAGCUUGGUGCCUCUGAGCUUGAAUUCAGAUUCCCUGAGCCCGGUUUCCUCGAGGGUGUCAAGACCAAGGCCAAGGCCAUCGUCCGCGUCACCAACAUGACCUUCCAGUACGAGGGUACCCCUCGACCCCAGAUUCAGGACAUCACCUUCCAGUGCUCACUCGGCUCCCGUAUUGCCGUUAUCGGCCCCAACGGUGCUGGUAAAUCUACUCUCGUCAACGUGCUUACUGGUGAGCUGAUCCCAACCAAGGGUGAUGUCUACCAGCACGAGAAUAUCCGUAUUGCCUACAUCAAGCAGCACGCCUUCGCCCAUAUCGAUCACCAUCUCAACAGCACACCGUCCGAGUACAUCCAAUGGCGUUUCCAGACUGGCGAGGACCGUGAGACCAUGGACCGAGCCAACAAGAUUGUCACUGACGAGGAUGAGAAGGCCAUGGACAAGAUCUACAGAAUUGAGGGCUCACAGCGUCGUGUCAUUGGCGUGCACUCGCGAAGAAAGUUCAAGAACUCCUACGAGUACGAGUGUUCGUUCGCACUUGGUGACAACAUUGGCAUGAAGAAUGAGAAGUGGACACCCAUGAUGACGGCCGACAACGCCUGGAUCCCACGUACCGAGCUCAUUCAGUCCCAUCAGAAGAUGGUGGCUGAUGUCGAUCAGAAGGAGGCUCUCGCCAGUGGUCAGUUCAGGCCUUUGGUUCGUAAAGAGAUCGAACAGCAUUGUGGCUUCUUCGGCCUCGAUGCUGAGAUCGUCUCCCACUCCCGCAUGCGUGGUCUUUCUGGUGGCCAGCGUGUCAAGGUCGUGCUCGCCGCCUGCACAUGGCAGCGUCCUCAUUUGAUCGUCCUGGACGAGCCGACCAACUACCUCGAUCGUGACUCCCUCGGUGCCCUCUCCAAGGCCCUAAAGGCUUUCGAGGGUGGUGUCAUCAUCAUUACUCACUCUGCCGAAUUCACAAAGGAUUUGACAGAGGAGGUAUGGGCUGUCAUGGACGGCCGCAUGACUCCUUCCGGCCACAACUGGGUGCAGGGUCAAGGUGCUGGUCCUCGUCUCAAGGGCGAUGACGAGGAGGAGGAGAAGUUCGAUGCUAUGGGCAACAAGAUCGAGUCGACCAAGAAGAAGGCUAAGCUUACUUCUGCCGAGUUGAGGAAGAAGAAGAAGGAUCGUAUGGCCCGCCGCAAGCGUGGUGAGGAGGUUUUCUCGGAUGAGGACGAUUAG